CCCGUUUCUUUUUUCUGUUGAUUUCCCAGCCAGAGCAUCCGUCAGAUGGCGUCCGCGGCUCACGACUUGUACGGCCCUCCGCGCCGCGGCCGUGCGGAAGGGUGGGAUUCGAAUGAGGAUGACAGCUUCUGGGAACGGAACAUCAACACGCCAGAGGGCGACGACUCAUCGCCAUACGACAUCGACCUCCAUUUUGCACUGAGCGUCAUCGAAGAAGACGUGAGUGACGCCGGCGGUGACACAGCCAGAAACACACGCCGUCUCUUCAUCGGAUGAUGUUCAUCCCGUCCCCGUGUGUUCCUUAAGGUGCUUGAGACAAUUCGAAAGGAGUUUGUGGCGAUGGAUAAGGAGAUGUCUGGCGCAAUCGACGUCAAGGACCUUCCCAAGCUGCUCGAUGGUCAGUCAGCUGCUCUCCCUGUCAGACGCCCGUCCCCGUGCGAUGCGAUGUGGUGCCUGUGUGCAGUGUUGGGUGUGGGCCACCAUGGUGCGGAUGAGACAGGGGCCAUGCACGCGGAAGAUGUGUACCACUUCCUCUCAUACAUCGAACAGGACGACGAGGGACGCAUCAGUGAGCCCUGACUGUCCGGACACACGGGGGGGAGGGAGACACAGGGAAAGGAUGACUCUCUCCCUGGCGCGUGUCUGCAUACGUGUGUGCGUGCGUGUGGGUGUGGGUGUGGGUGUGCAGCGUACGCUGAGUUUGUGGAGGCCUUCAAGAAGAUGCGGGAGAGCCAAUUGAAGAUGGAGAGCGACCUAGACACACGUAAGUGCCUUAGUGAGACAUAGACAGCCAAGUUCAUAUCCAAUGAGUGUGUCUAUGUUGCUGUGUUUUCUGUGUGUAUGGUCUGGUACGGCAGUCGCUGCGUGGACGGCCCUCGGCGGCCACGAAGACGGCAGUGGGUCGCUAGACACUGGUCCGUGCUUCAUGUAUUGGAUGGAUGGAGUGAAAAUGGGUGUGUGGAGUGUGCGUGUGUCUGUCUGUCUCUCUGUCUGUGUGUGUGUGUGUGCAGCGUUGCUAGUGAAGAUGGUUCGCGACGACUUCCAGCUGCCUGACGAGGUGGUGGGGUUUGUCAAGCGGCUCGACUACAACAACAGAGGACACAUCGACUACGAUGUGGGUCAGGGGGGUCGGCAAGCGACACAUUGUCUGUGUCUGUCUGUCUAUGCAGGGGUUCUGCGAGAUUUUCCAGCCUUGUGCGUGA